UAUUUCCUGUUCACACUGGCAGCCGUAGUAGUCAUCUGUUAUGCUGUUAUGACCUCCAUCGAACCAGUACCGCUUUAUAGAGAUACUAUAGGGACUAUGGUUGAUCAUCGUGAAACUCUACAUGCUAACUGCUUAAUCAUAGAUGAUGAAGAGGUUAAACAGAAUACUAAUAGCACAUUGCAUGACCAAUCGCCACCGACCAACAUGACAAAUGGGACAAUCAGUCACCUCCUUCCAAGUAAUGGUACGCUCAAACUAUGGAAAUUUAAUGAUGUUGAGAAUCAGCAGCUUUAUCUUUAUGAAAGCCUAUUAAAACACAACUGGACUGUUGACCUGAAAGCUAUACAAACAUUGAGACAGCAGCUAUCAGAAUACCGAUCAGAACUUGGAGACAGGUCUGAGAUUAUAUUGCAUCAAAGGAAUACGAAAGUGAAGCAGAAAAUUUAUUCUGUCUUUCGCAAAAGUGCAAUCGCGUUGCCACGGAAUAUUUUCAACUUUUUUCCAAAGACGGAUCCAUUGAAUCAGGAGACCAGGUAUCGAUCAUGCGCAGUGAUUGGAAACAGCGGUGUUUUGCUCAACAGCAGUUGCGGCAAUGACAUUGAUAAACAUGAUUUUGUAUUCAGAUGUAAUCUAGCAUCGUUAUCACAAUUCAAGAUUGAUGUCGGGAUGAAAAGUAGUUUGACAACAAUGAAUCCUAGUUUGGUGGCUCGAACAUAUAAAGAACUCAAAAAGGCUGAAGAUGUCAGGCAAUACAACCAAGAUAUCUCGCAAUAUGAUGGUCUGUUAUGGGUCCCAUGCUUCAAUUAUCCCGGCGAUAUAUACCGCAUUCCCAAAAUCUUUUCAAGCUUUAAAGGAAAGAAACCAAAGAUUGUCUGUGGCAAUCCCCAACACUUCAGGUCGGUGAUGGAUUUCUGGAAGGAAAGGGGACUCACUAAUCCAUUAUCUACAGGUUUCUACCUCGUAUCAACAGCUGUCCAGGUUUGUGACGAAGUUCAUCUUUACGGUUUCUGGCCCUUUUUAGAGCGGUACGGUGACAUAAAAUCUGACGUAAUGUAUCAUUAUUUUGAUAAUAUGACGCUCAGUCAUGUCCAUUCAAUGGACGAAGAAUUCAACAUCCUUAUCCAACUACAUAUACGAGGAAUAUUGCGGAUAAACAUUUGACCAUGCAGUUUUCUUGUUUUUUUUAAAUUUCUCUACAAGAUGAAUUUUAAUACAGAAAGAAGAUAUAGAUCAUGCAGUCUACAAAGGGAAAUCCAGUGAAAUCUGGAUCCGGUAACACAAACGUUAGCGAUUAAUUGUACACUCGAUUUCCAUGAU